UCAGUGCAGUCAGUGAGUCUUCAGUGUUUAUCUCGCAUCCUUCACCAAACGACACACUUUACACGGCUUUUAAACCACUUUCAACAAAUGGGACACACAUCUGCCUAAACAUUUGGGGGUUGGGACCUGCAUAGCGAACAAUAUCUUCCACGACAAACAAGGGAAACACCCAUAAGGGACAGCAUUAUCCUUUUGGCACGUUCACUGAGGAAUAUUUGCAGGGAGGAACUGAUCCGUGAGCUGGACGCUGUCAGGAUGUUGACCCAAGAAGACAUGGACUAUGAAAACCUCACUUACGAAUACUCGGACUUUGGCUACGUAGAGGAGACCAAAGCUGAUGGCUACACUCAGAGAGAGGCUCUUCACAUCAUCUCCGUGAUCAUCUACAGCCUGGCGUUUACUCUGGGCGUAAUUGGGAAUGGCCUGGUGAUCUGGGUGACCGCGCUCAAAAGCAAAAGGACCGUAAACAGCGUAUGGCUGCAGAAUCUGGCCAUUGCCGACUUCGUGUUUGUGCUUUUCCUUCCGUUCUCCAUCGACUACGUGCUGCGAGACUUUCACUGGCUCUUUGGGAAGACCAUGUGCAAGCUGAACUCGUUCGUGUGCACCACGAACAUGUACGCCAGCGUGUUGUUCCUCACCGUCCUGAGUUUGGAUCGCUACAUCUCACUGGUCCACCUCAACUGGUCGGAAAGGUAUCGUAACGUCCGGCGGGCCUGGUGGGUGUGUGCGCUGAUCUGGAUCAUAUCUUUCUGUUUGAGCUGUCCGGCCCUGGUAUUCCGUGACGUAAUCCAACAUGACGGGAAGGUCGUGUGUUUUAAUAACUUUCACAACGAGAGCAUGCACAUGGUAGCGGUGAGACACAUUGCACUCGUGUCUCUGCGAACCACCGUGGGCUUUCUGCUUCCGUUCGCCACCAUCACCGUAAGCGGCGUGUUGCUCGCUAUCAAGAUGCGCCAGUCCAACUCGUUGCGCUUGACCAGCUUCUCCAGGACCGUCUCCGCUGUGAUCCUCGCGUUCUUCUUGUGUUGGGUGCCCUUCCACACCUUCAGCCUGAUGGAGCUGAGCAUGCACCACAGCACAUACCUUCACUCCGUGCUCAUGGUGGGCUUCCCGCUCGCCACCAGUCUGGCCUUCUUCAACAGCUGCGUCAACCCCAUUCUCUACGUACUGCUCACCAAGAAAGUGCGUAAACUGGUGAGGAGGUCGUUGUUCAACUUCACCAAGAACUCUCUGAGAGAACUGAGUCAGUCUGUGUCCGCCACCGAGUUAGACUCGGCACUGGUCAGCUAUUCUCCUGAAGAGCCCAUGGCCAACUCCUCCAUCUGACGGGCUGCAGUCCCGACUCAAGAAAGCCCUAGAGCUCCAACUGGACUGAAAAUAGAUACUGGCUUUUAAAGGUGCAGUAAGACCAAUGUUACUCGCAAUGGCUAUGUUUACAUGCACACCUUGUGUUGAAUUCAUUUCCUAUUGAUGAAUGUAGUGUUUACAUGAACGCUAAACGUGAUCAGGUUUAUAUCGGGUCACAAGCUUUCCGCAUCCGCUCACUGUACAAAUAAAUAUUGAGUUUCCCGGUGUUUGUGCAUGAUAGCCAUUCUCCUACAUUGGUUUAUUUGUUUUAAACAGCAGAUUUAAUGUCCGUCUCUAAUCAUGAUUUGGAGACAAUGAGCAUAUAAACUGUUUUGCCGCUGCUUAUAUUUAUCAUCACGCAGUAAAAAUGGCCAAAGCCAGUCGUCUGUGGAUGAGAAUAGGAAACAAGGACUGGUGGGACGUUGUCCUGCUCCACUUCACAGAGUUAAAGGAGAAGUUUGGAAUGACAGGACACUCGUUUAUAUGACACUUUAUUCAACAGGAACAACAGCUCGUUCCUCACGACAUACGUCAUCACGCUAUUUCAACGUCAUUGCACAUGCGUCAUUUCAGUUUUGGUUUUCAAUCCGAUCAAGUGUUAACAUGUCCUCUCGAUCUGAUUAGAAAAGGAAUGAACCACCUCUUUUAAUCUGAUCGAAAUUUUCGGUUAAGGUGUUUACAUGAAGGGUUUCAGUCCGAUUGAGCCGUCAGUAUGAUUACUAAUGGAUUAUUUGGUUGCAUAUAAAUGUAGCCAAUGUAAGCUCUGCAACCAUUUUCCGGCUUUCAUUCUUUGGUGACUCCAGUGAUAGAAAGCUUUUCGUAAGAUAAACUCAUGUUUUAAAGCUAUUGCCUGAUCAUAACCCAUGAUAUUUCUCUAAGCUUUUCUCUUUUUUGUAAUGUCUCUCAGCCUCAGCUGUCAGUCUUUCUUCUAAUCUCCCUCUUGCUCACUCUCUCUCCUUCCCAAUCAUGAGUGGACACGUCCCUUACAUCUUAUUGGCUAACUCUCUCUCCUCCCCCAUCAUGAGUGGACACACCCCCUACUUCUGAUUGGCUCACUCUCUCUCCUCCCCCAUCAUG